AUGAGCGAUGACAAGCACUCGUGCGAUCUCGUCGAGCUGCAUGACGGCAAUACCUCGGUCACGAUGUACCGUGCGGCGUCGCUACUGGAUGACGAUUGCUGUCGGCCGCACGCACUCGACAGUCGAAUCCACACGGUGUCUAUGGCGUCGCUUUUUCUGCCAGCGCACCCGUUGAGCAACACGCACUGCAUCGGCACGCACCGAACCGAUAGUAUUCCCGUCGCGACCGGCAUUCGCAUGCCGUAUGUUGAUGCUGAGUCGCCGAGUGAGAUUCCGGUGAAACGUAGAGACUGCGCACUGGUGUUGUUUCACCCAAUUCGUACCGCGACAGACCUCGUCGCUGACGUGACGAACGACGCAGCCUGGGUUGACGCUUACCGACGAUGGGAGCCCACGCGAUUGGGCUUCGUCUCCCAAUUCAUGGCAAACAUGGACGACUUCUACCGUGUCGAGAAGCAGACACAAGAUGCUGCUGCCAGCGAGCACGACAACGUCGACAUGUUGGGCGAGAACGACGACGACGUCAUGGGGACUCGUCAUGAAGUCGAGGCAAUGGUCGAUGGAAGCGAGCCGGCAUGCGAGGAUCCUUCUGGUGACGAGUUCGAUGCCUGCGUGAUCGGGGACAAGAUCCCAGUCGUUCUGACGACGACGCAAUCUAGCACGUCCGCAGCCUCCUCGACAACUGUGUACCACCCGCUGCUGAUGCCUGUCGCCCAGACAACCGCCAGCACACUUGCCACAUUAUCCCAGGCACCGGCGUUUACCGUUGAGGAACUCAGUCGAUAUGAAGUCAUCGAGUUGCUCUCGAAAGCGCUUGACCCAGCUGCUGCGAUAUGGGUUUCAAGUGAUCGCCAACGCCAACAUGCGGACGUCAACCAUUACGCAACAAUUGCCGAGGUCCCAUGCGCGUUUACACUUAAUCAAAGGCAGCACGCCGCAUUCACGAUCAUCGCGACUGCGCUGCUACGAACGUUUCUGCGGCAGGAGUAG